CAGAAAGUUGCUUCAUCCCUGUGUGAAACUAUUCAUCACGGGAUCAGCCCCAAAAUUUCUCCCGCGCAUCGUGUUGAUGUAUGGAUGUAUCCCGUCUCGCGGCGCGCAUACCAGGCACCUGGAUUUCUUUUUUAGUUCCGAGUUUUUCUCCCUACCGCGCCUGACCUCCACGGUCGGAGGCUUCGAAAUAAUGGCGCCCGCGACGAGAUUAUGUCUCCUCCUCCCUCUGCGUCCCGCCGUCGCAGCUGCGGGAACAGGAGUAACGGCCGGAGCAGCAGCCGGAGCAGCAGCCGGAGCAGCAGCAGGAGCAGCAGCAGCAGCAGCAGUCCGGAGCAGUCGUCGCCGAAUCACUGCCACCACAUGCGCGGCCGCACGCGCGAUCCACACCCACCCGGCGCAGCCCGCCAAGGUCGUCCCGGUAUACGGCACCGGCCCGCCGCCCGAGCCGCCGCAGCCCAGCCCCGAGCUAGCCGCCGAGGAGCAGGCCGAGCGUCAGGAACGGCUGGCACGGAGGAAGCGCCAGGCCGAGCUGCUCAGGCACGCCGGCGACGUCAGGGUCUCGCGCCAGAACCAGAACCAGAACGAGAAGCCCAGGACGCUCAAGCGCCGGUUCUGGAAGGAUGUUUAUGUGAGAGAGGUCAAUGGUACGUUAUUACAACAAAAAAAAAACCUUGUUCCCCCAAAUCAAAUCUGGUGUGUGUGUGUGUAUGUGUGUGUGUGUGUGUGUGUGUGGAUGGAUGGAUGGAAAAGCAGAAUACUCACAAAAACAACAACAAUAAUAACAACAACAACAAAAACAAAAAAACAGGCGCCCUCGAGAUCCACCUCGACUCCCGCCCGCUCCGGCACCCGACCACCAAGGCCGUCAUCCGGCUGCCCGCCUCCAAGCCGGACCUGGCGCACGCGCUCGCGAUCGAGUGGGACGGGCUGACGUCGGCGCAGCAGGCGACCAAGCAGCACCUGAUCCCGCUGACGUCGCUGACCUGCCGCGCCCUCGACAUCGCCGCCGACCCCUCGCUGCGCGCCGGCAUCGCCGCCACCGUGCUCCGCUACCUCGACACCGACUCGCUCCUCUGCUUCUCCCCGCCCCCGGAGGAGGAGGAGGGCCGAGACGACGGCAGCGCCUCGCUCCGCGCCGCCCAGGAGCGCGCCUACGCCUCGACGGUGCGCUACCUGACCGCCCGCCUCUGGCCGGGCAUCUCCAUCGUGCCCGUCCUCGACGGCGACUCCAUCCUCCCGCGCCAGCAGCCCCCCGGCACCCGCGAGGUCGUCCAGGGCUGGAUCCUCGCCCUCUCGCCCUUCGAGCUGGCCGGUCUCGAGCGCGCCACCCUCGCCGGAAAGAGCCUGCUGGCCGCCGCCCGGCUGGUGGCCGAGUGGAGCGAGGAGGGCGCCGGCGCCCGGGAGUCCCGCUCUCCGCCGGCGGCGGCCGCCGAGCAACAACAGCCUGGGGAGACGUCCGACGAGCGGUUCGGCGUCGAGGAGGCCGCGCGCGCGGUGAGCCUCGAGGUCGACUGGCAGACCCAGCAGUGGGGCGAGGUGGACGACACGCAUGAUGUUGACAGGGAGGACCUGCGACGUCAGCUGGGAAGCGUGGUCCUGCUUGUCUCGGGCACCGGGAAGGCGUCCUCCUCCUCCAAUACGAGCACCAGCUGAGUUGGAACUUGACGGGCAGACGAGGCCGACAACUGAUUCAUCGCCACGCCACGCUCCACCACCACGCCACGGCAUUCCGCAAGCUUUGGGCGCGUGUCUGUACAUUCCUGUAUAAUCAAUUCGAUCCAUUUCCGGCGAACCUAAUUAACUGUAGCUCUCCUGAUUCGAACGCGAACGUGCUUUGAACAAUCCACCACGACUCGCCCAGACAUAGCAGCAGCAAGUCACCUAGCGCUCACCUUUGGGCGCAAGCAGUAUGCAAGCUUGCACUGCACUUAGCUCAGCGCAUAUCUACCCUUGAUACAACUCCGUCGUCACGAAGCUAGCAGAACGAACAAAAAAAAUGCAGACGGUAAAACAGUCACAUAGUCAAGUUAUAGCAAGGACUCCAUGCUCAUCCCAG